AUGGCUGCUGCUGGCAUCACCACUGUAAAGCUACAGUCGCUACCCCUCGUGGCUAGCGGCAAAGUACGUGAGCUCUACAAGAUUGAUGACUCGUCAUUGCUCAUGGCUGUGACCGACCGUAUCUCAGCCUACGACGAGAUUCUCUCCAAUGGAGUCCCCGAUAAGGGACACAUCCUUUGUCAAAUCUCUUCGCAUUGGUUCGAUGUUCUCCGGGAGCGUGUUCCCGAGCUCAAGCACCACGUUAUUAGCAUGCGCCCUCCCGCGACCCCGGAAGUCGUCACCGCCGAAGAGCACGCCCUUCUGCGCGGUCGAUGCAUGCAAAUCCGCUCCCUCAAGGUCUUUCCGAUUGAGGCGAUUGUCCGCGGUUACAUCACAGGCUCGGCCUGGAGCGAAUACUCGAAGAGCGGAACGGUGCACGGAAUUGAUGUUCCGAAGGGGCUUCAGCUCUGCCAGGAAUUCCCUGGCGGGCCCAUUUACACGCCCUCGACGAAGGCCCCUGUGGGCGAAAAAGACGAGAACAUUUCGCCUGAUCAGGCCCGAAAGAUUAUCGGCGACAAAUAUGCCAACCAGAUUGAGGCUCUCGCUCUAAAGGUCUACAAGGCUGCGCACGCCUACGCACUGGAGCGCGGCGUUGUCAUUGCUGACACUAAAAUGGAAUUUGGUCUCGAUGAAAAAACAGAUGAAAUUAUCCUUGUCGACGAGGUCUUGACGCCUGACUGCUCACGUUUCUGGCCCGCCCCGGUUCGGGUCGGCGUGGACCAGCCGAGUUACGACAAGCAGUACAUUCGAGACUACCUGACUGCCAACGGCCUCAAAGGCAAACCUGGUGUUGUCCUUCCUGAAAAUGUUGUCGCAGAGACAACGAGCAAGUACAGAGAAGUAUUUCAGAAGCUCACUGGUAAAACCAUUGACCAGGCUCUUAGUGCGCUGGCGAAUUAA